AUGACGUCCUCAGAAGUUGAGCAAACACCUCCUCCUCCCGGCCCCCAUCCCAAUUUCUGCUGGGAAUUCGGAGCCUUCCCUAUCCGGACCCAGGAGCUCGGACGCGGCCGGACCGGUCGGAACCUUAGAGAGGACCAGUCACCAGGUUUUAAGAUGCUGCGAGUACAAAGGACCAAACUGGGCAGGCUGGGGCUCAGCUUCUCCAAAGGGCUUCACCACAAAGCGGUGGUGGCCCUGAGGCGGGAGGAUGUGAAUGCCUGGGAGAGAAGAGCACCUCUGGCUCCCCGGCACAUCAAAGGCAUCGCCAACCUGGGAUACAAAGUCCUCAUACAGCCUUCCAAUCGGCGGGCCAUUCAUGACAAGGAAUAUGUCAAAGCUGGUGGCAUUCUUCAGGAGGAUAUUUCUGAAGCUUGUCUAAUUUUGGGAGUUAAAAGACCCCCAGAGGAAAAAUUAAUGUCUAAGAAGACUUAUGCAUUCUUCUCCCACACAAUAAAGGCUCAGGAGGCCAAUAUGGGCUUGCUGGAUGAGAUUCUGAGACAGGAAAUCCGACUUAUUGAUUACGAGAAAAUGGUGGAUCAUAGAGGAACACGGGUAGUGGCGUUUGGACAGUGGGCAGGUGUGGCAGGGAUGAUCAACAUUUUACAUGGAAUGGGGUUAAGGCUCCUUGCUUUGGGACAUCACACACCUUUUAUGCACAUUGGCAUGGCUCAUAACUACAGGAACAGUGGUCAGGCUGUGCAAGCUGUCCGCGAUGCUGGCUAUGAAGUAUCUCUGGGAUUGAUGCCAAAGUCGAUAGGGCCUUUAACAUUUGUCUUCACAGGGACUGGUAAUGUAUCUAAGGGAGCCCAAGAAAUCUUCAAUGAGUUACCUUGUGAAUAUGUAGAACCACAUGAAUUAAAAGAAGUUUCCCAAAAUGGAGACCUGAGAAAAGUGUAUGGGACAGUGUUAAGUCGCCAUCAUCAUCUUGUCAGGAAAACAGAUGGUGUAUAUGAUCCUGUAGAGUAUGACAAAUAUCCUGAGCGCUACAUAAGCCGUUUUAAUACUGAUAUUGCACCCUAUACAACUUGUUUAAUUAAUGGAAUCUACUGGGAACAAAACACCCCUCGUCUACUAACUCGCCAAGAUGUCCAGAGUCUCUUGGUCCCAGGCAAGUCCUCUGUUGCUGGUGUGGAAGGCUGCCCUGCAUUACCACACAAACUUGUGGCAAUAUGUGACAUUUCAGCUGACACAGGAGGAUCAAUAGAGUUUAUGACUGAGUGUACGACAAUAGAACAUCCCUUUUGUAUGUAUGAUGCAGACCAGCAUAUUAUUCAUGACAGUGUUGAAGGCUCUGGGAUUCUGAUGUGUUCCAUUGACAAUUUGCCAGCACAGCUUCCAAUUGAAGCUACAGAAUACUUUGGAGACAUGCUUUACCCUUAUGUUGAAGAAAUGAUAUUAUCAGAUGCGACACAGCCUCUUGAAAGUCAGAAUUUUUCUCCUGUGGUACGAGACGCAGUAAUUACAUCCAACGGUGUAUUGACGGAUAAGUAUAAAUAUAUCCAGAAACUCCGAGAGAGCAGGGAACUUGCUCAGUCACUUUCAAUGGGCACCAAGAAAAAGGUCUUGGUUCUUGGAUCUGGUUAUGUAUCCGAACCUGUAUUGGAAUACCUGUCAAGAGAUAACAAGAUAGAAAUAACAGUAGGCUCUGACAUGAAGAACCAAAUUGAACAGUUAGGUAAGAAAUAUAAUAUUAAUCCUGUUAGCAUGGACAUUAGCAAACAAGAAGAGAAGUUGAGCUCCUUGGUGGCAAAACAGGAUCUUGUCAUCAGCUUGUUGCCUUAUGCAUUGCAUCCUCUUGUGGCGAAGGCAUGCAUCACAAGCAAAGUUAACAUGAUCACUGCAAGCUACAUCACACCGGCGCUAAAAGAAUUAGAAAAAAGUGUGGAAGAUGCUGGUAUCACAGUCAUUGGUGAACUGGGAUUGGACCCUGGUCUUGAUCAUAUGUUGGCAAUGGAAACCAUAGAUAAGGCCAGGGAAGUGGGAGCCACGAUUGAAUCUUAUAUUUCCUACUGUGGUGGGCUUCCAGCCCCUGAACAUUCAGACAAUCCUUUGAGAUACAAAUUUAGCUGGAGUCCAGUGGGAGUUUUGAUGAACAUAAUGCAGCCGGCCACCUACCUGCUCAAUGGAAAGGUUGUGAAUGUUGCAGGGGGCAUCUCCUUUCUUGAUGCAGUUACUCCCAUGGAUUAUUUCCCCGGCUUAAAUUUGGAAGGCUAUCCUAACAGAGACAGUACAAAAUAUGCUGAGAUUUAUGGCAUUCCAUCUGCGCACACUUUGCUGCGGGGGACACUGAGAUAUAAGGGGUAUGCCAAAGCUUUGAAUGGAUUUGUAAAACUGGGUCUUAUAAACAGAGAUGCAUUCCCUGCCCUUCAACCUGAGGCCAACCCUCUCACCUGGAAAGAGCUCCUUUGUGAUCUGGUUGGGAUUUCACCCUCCUCCAAGCAUGAUGUGCUCCAGGAAGCGGUCUUUCAGAAACUAGGAGGAGACAGUACCCAGCUGGAGGCUGCUGAAUGGUUGGGCUUACUUGGAGAUGAACAAGUCCCUCAAGCAGAGUCUGUGGUGGAUGCACUCUCCAAGCAUUUGGCCAGGAAACUCUCCUAUGGCCCUGGAGAGAAAGAUAUGAUUGUGAUGAGAGACAGUUUUGGAAUCAGACAUCCUUCUGGACAUUUGGAAAAUAAAACUAUUGAUCUUGUGGUUUAUGGCGACAUCAAUGGCUUUUCAGCCAUGGCUAAAACUGUGGGGUUACCCACUGCUAUGGCAGCCAAGAUGUUGCUUGAUGGUGAAAUUAAAGGUAAAGGCCUGAUGGGUCCCUUUUCAAAGGACAUCUAUGGACCAAUAUUGGAGCGAAUUAAAGCAGAAGGCAUUAUAUAUACAACGCAGAGCAUAAUCAAACCAUAAUUGAGAAUUAUAUCUUGUUUUUAUCUUCCUAGCACCGUAGCUCUGAACAUUUGUGCAACAAACCUGCUUGCUAAUGUGCUGCUUUGAAAUAUAAAGCAUGAUAUUGUUUGAGUCAGUCAAUACAAUGAUGUUUUUAAAAUAUAAAUCUCUAUUUUAAUAUGAAAACAUUUGGAGCAGGAGAUGCCAGUAAUUACCAGAGAACUUCAAUAAUUCUACAUUUUUUUCAUGUGUAUGCAAAAGUGAUGAUUGUGCUAUAUGUUAAUUUAUUGUGCAACUUUUUUCUUAUGAGAGUAUAUUUUCCUAUGGUCAGCAGAUAAACUUAUCUUUUUAGUAAGAAAAAAAUUUUUCACACAGCUAUAUUUUUGUAUUUUUCAAAUUGAUUCACUUAGAUACUCUUAGAUUACCUAUCUAUAAACCUUUGCAAUAAUUAUAUUUUAUGGCUUUUUGGUAAAAUUAUGAAAAGGAAGUAGGUAAGAGUAAAUCAAAAUCCACAUGAUCACCUCAUUAGGGACAGAAAAAGCAUUUAACAAAAUUUAACACCCUGUCAUAAUAAAAAGAUUCAACAAACUAGGAAUUGAAGGGAGCUUUCUCAACCUGUUAAAGAACAUCUAUGAAAAACCCAUAGCUAACAUCAUACUUAAUGAUGAAAGACUGAAAGAUUUCCCCUUGAAAUCGGAAACAAGAAAAUGAUGCUUUUGGCAUUUAUACUCAACUUGUACUGGAUCCAUCUAGGGCAGUUAGGCAAGAAAAUGAAAUAAUAACACAUCCAGAUUUGGAAGGAAGAAGUAAAAAUAUAUUUGCAGAUGGUAUGAUCUUAUACAUAGAAAAUCCAAAAGAAUACUUUAAAAAACAUUAGAGCUAAUACAUGAGUUCAGCAAAGUUGCAGGACACAGGUAAUAAUACAAAAUUGAUUGUAUGUCUAUACAAUAUCAAUAAAUGAAACAAAAAUGAUACUGAAAAAAACCAAUUCAAUUUACAAUAGCAUGAAAAAGAAUAAAAUAGGAAUAGAGUGUGAGUCCAGAAAUAAUCCUCAUAUUUAUGGUCAAUUGAUUUUUGAAAAGGGUGCUAAGACAAUUCAGUAGAGGAAAAUAAUAUUUCAUCAAAUGGUGCUGAAACAACUGGAUAUCCACAUGCAAAAGAAUGAAGUUGGACCCCAUGCUCACAGCAUAUAUAAAAAUGAACUCAAAAUGGACCAAAGACCUAAAUAUAAGAGCAAACACUAUAGAACUUGUAGAAGAAAUCAUAGAUGUAAAUCUUCAUGCCCUUGGAUUAGGCAGUGGUUUCUUAAAUAAUUGAAACCAAAAAGCACAGGCAAAAGGAAAAAAAUAGAUAAAUUGGGCAUCAUCUUCAGAAUUCAAAACGUUUGUGCUUCCAAGGAUAGGGUCAAGAAAGCAAAAAGAUGACCCAUAGAAUGAGAGAAAAUUUUUGCAAAUCAUAUCAGGUAAGGGAGGAAACUACAUUUAGAAUAUACAAAGGACUACUAUAGCUCAGUAAGUAGACAAAGAGCCCAAUUUAAAAAAUGGACUAAGGAUGUGACUUGGCAGUUCUCCAAAGAAGAUAUACAAAACCAAUAAGCACAUGAAAAGAUGUUCAACACCAUUACCUACCAGGGAAAUGCAAAUCAAACCUAUAAUGAGAUACCACUUCAUACAGGAUGGUUAUAAUGAAAAAGAUAAUAACAAGUGUUUGUGGGGAUGUGGAGAGAUUGGAAGCCUUGUAAACUGCUGGUGGAAGUGUAAAAUUAUGCAGCCACUUGGGAAAACAGUUUGGAAGUUCCUCAGAAGGUUCAUCAUAGAGUUACCAUAUGAGCCGGCAACUCCACACAAAUUAAAACAUAUGUCCACACAAAGACUUGUAAGCAAAUGUUUAUG